AUGCCUGGACCCAUUAAGCUAGCCUGCCUGUCAUGUCGAGCUUCACGCACUCGGUGCGAUGGCUUGCAACCUUGUGUCAGCUGUAGUAAUCGAGGGCGCGACUGUGUCUACCAGCCCAGCAGAAGAGGUGGUGCUCGCGUGAGAAAGAAGAAUCGUGCCUGGGAACAAACCCUGGAGCAUAAACAGACUACCCGCGAUAGCCCACAACAUGGUGAGUUGUCGAACUCAAGUCGGAGGUAUGAUCUGACAAAAUUAGUAACUGAUGUUUGUGGUUUUUCCGAAGAUGCCGACGUCAUCUUCGACGCCCUGUUCUCGCAGUCUAUUCUUGGUGGCGGAGAAAUCCCUUUUGAGAGUCCACCAGACUUACCUCCACAGAUCGAUCCAUUAGUUAGGACAUAUCCAGACGGCGGAGCUAUUCUCGACGCUUAUUACAUUUUUAUACACCCAUACUUUCCUAUUCUACCUCCACCCAAGAUGACCCCUCGAGAUCAGCCUAUUCCACGAUAUCAGAACAACAUGGAUGGCUCAGGAGGCGAUUCAGAGCCGUCGACGUCCGUCAGUCUGGCCAUAUCAGCCAUGCUGGCCUUGAUUCCCUGCAUCGAAGACCCCCAUCCCUCGUCCCAAGAAUCGGUGUUGUUCAGGAGGGACUAUGCACAAUAUCUUGCACAGUGCGCGCUGGAGUGCAUUGAGAUCGAAUCGGAGAUACCCGAGUCGUCGGUCGAUCCAGCCAAGGCUCUUCUACAAACACCACGCUGUGAUUCCAGGGAGCCUUUCCACCCCGAGGUGCCCUUGGAAUUAGAGAGUAUAAUAGCUCUCGACAUUUUGAGCGCUUAUGAGUAUGCGCAACGUGGUAAUUUGAAGAAGAUGGAGAGUCGAGCCGGUCAGGCCUUGAUGGCCGCCAUGAGUCUAUCUCUCCAUCUCCGCGACGAUGAUAGAGAACCCAAUGAAGCCAAACGAAGGGUCUGGUGGAUGACGUACAUUUGUGUCUCCCAAGCUGCGAUUGUUGGGAACAUUGAACCAUCUAUACUCGCCGUUUUCAUCCCAACAUUUGCGACCGAAUAUCCAGUUCUCAAAUCCGACGCCGAGGCUUUCAGUUUCCUCAUUCAAGCACAGCAGGCAAUGCUUGCAACCACUCAAUUCUCGACCGAGCUGAGCAAGGCAGUAAAGUUCAACGGUGACAUGGACCGAAUACACGAACGGAUGAGGGAGCUUGACUGCCAUUUGGAGUCUUUAAUCAAGGUUGCCGGCUCUUGGGUCCUACAGCCGACCAUGACGGCGACUGUUGAUCUCACGGAAGGAGUUGUCUCUAGAUCCCUACGGUGCAUGACUAGAAUCAAGCUGAACAGCGCCAGGAUAAAGCUUCAUCGAUACUCAGCGUUUGAGAGCAAGCUUUUUGAUGAGGCAGAAGACGCGCUUUCAGCUUCGGAAUCCUCAUCAGCGACGGCUGCAGAGUCACCGAGUCCUGGGGACACAUCCUCGUUGACAUCUUUGACUUCAUUGACCAAGGUGGCAACCUAUUCAUCAGAGAGCGACCCAUCAGGCAGCGACGGUUUCAGCAGUCAUCAGUCUGCCAAGAUCUGCUUGAGAGCUGCCCUCAACAUGGCGCAAGCCUUUGAAGACUUGCCUUAUCCGAAUCUGCCCGGUCAACAAGCGUCACCCACUGCCUGGCCGCGGAUGAUGCCGUCUCUGGCAUGCUGCGCAGUGCAGUGUGCCUUUGUACUUACAACGAUAGGGAAUCUGACACGGUCCAAAUAUUCCGGUGAUGCACAGACGGCCUCGAUAGCAGGUCGAUUGCUCGGGCGUCUACAAGUGAGCCUGCUAUCGAUAUCAACGGUGUUGGAAAACUACGCUACGGCGUUUGAGGCUCUUGGGGGCAUGAGUGGUAAGUGA